AUGUGGAGGGGGGUGGAGGUGAGGUGCAUGAGAUCACUUCAAUCAACUCAUUAUGUUAAUGUAUUAAAACAAGCUCAACGUUUAUUUCAAUUAUUAUUUAGUUUAUUUCAAAUACACAAAUAUUUCGUUGAUAUUUAUUAUCAAACAAUUCAUAAAUGUUUAGAAAAUAAUAACAGCAACAAUAGCAAUAACGAUAUGUUUAAUGCUGCACUGCAACAAAUUGCUUCACAUUUAUCACAAAUUAACAAUUAUUAUGGCAAUGAUAAAGAACGACAACAGCAACGGCAGAAACUCCUUGAAAUUGCAAAACAUACAAUUGAUAAAUAUAACAACGGCAGUUCGGUAUUACCAUCGUCAAUUAGAGAAAUUUUAACAACAAUUGAAUCAUUUUUAAAACAGUCUGCUACCGACAAGGACAAGAACAAUAAUGCAUCAAUAUUAAAAUCAUUGAAUUUACUAUAUCCAUUUACAAGUCGUUGGUUAGAAGUUCAUCGUGAAUUUCGUGAUUGUACACAAUAUUUUAUUGAUGGUGAUUCACUACUACUAACCGUUUCACAUUAUUCAAAUGUUAAUCUAAAUGAAUAUUAUGGUCACACAUUACAUGUUAUCCAUAUUAUUGAACGUAUAUUAUUAACAUUAUUUAAUCAAUCAAAUGAAACAAAUUAUUAUAUUCUAUUUUUUGAUGAUUUAAAAAAUAAACUUAGCAAUAGUAAUAAUUCAAUAUUAUAUUUAUUAAGACAAUGUUUAAUUGAACAUAUUCAAUCAAAUAUGCGUUCUUCAACAACAAAACUUCGUUUAUUCACUUCAUUUUUAUCAGAAGAGUAUACUACAUUUUAUACAGAAGAAAAACCACUAUUUAUAUUUUAUACUGAUAUAACAUCAUCAUUUUCAAAUAGUUUAUUAUUAACAAAGAAUGAAAUUGAACAGUUAACUAUUUACUAUCGUUAUUUUGUUAAUUAUCAUCAAUAUUAUAUUAAAUGUGGAUUAUAUUUAACGAAUAAAAUGAAAUUAGCUGAUACAAGUGUACAAUGUUUUAGAAUUUCAUAUGAAAAAGCAAUGUUUAAUUAUGCAUAUAAAAAAGCAACUUGUAAUGUUGAAAACACAAGAUGA